AUGGUGGUAGUGGUUCGGCGAAACCGUGAAGAAUAUGAGGUCGAGUUUGUGGUUUGUGGGUCUCUGCUGUUGAUCGGGGUGGCUAGGUUGCGGUGGUUCGUGUUGUCCACCGUCAUCAACCAUUGCGUGUGCCGAGUCCCAAACUCGGUCACCGACGAACUCGUCGUUGAAGCCUUCAAGGCGAAGUGGAAGCUCAGAUACGUGAUCGGAAAGCCAGUCUCUGGAACCUUCUGGAGAGACAAUGAGAGCUGGAAGUUCGCUAUUUCGCGUCGGAUCGUUAAAGGAGAUAGUGUGGCUAGUCUGGCUGUCAAGUUCUCUCAACAGGUUAUGGACAUAAAACGUUUCAACAACAUGAUGAGCGACCAUGGCAUAUACUCAAGGGAGACGUUGUUAAUCUCUAUGAGCAAUCCUGACAUUCUUGUAAAUGGAGCAUACUACAUCGAGCUAGAUACCUAUGCGAAAAGGGAAGUGGCAGUGACAUAUGUUCUUCAAGAUGGUUCGCAUGGAAACUCUAGCCAUAUGUUGAAUAAGAUGACUACUAAACAAGGCAAGAGAAAGGUUAUUGACUCGUUGAAGAGAAGCAUGCAAGUCGAUGAUGGGACUGCUCAAUAUUACUUAUCUAUAUCAAAUGGUAAUUCUCGAGCUGCACUUUCUGAAUUCUCUGAGGACCUAAGUGCGAGAGACAAGUGA